UUUCAUUUUUGAAAGUUUCGAUUCGAUAACUCGUUUUUUCUCAUAUGUUAUGUUGCAAAAGUAGGGUGUGUGGUUUAAAGUAUUAGGUUUAAUCCUUGUAUCCGGGGCACACGGCAUUUGGCUAUUUUUAUUUUCUGUUUUGUCAACCCAGAAUGUGUUUCCACUAAAUAUUAAGUCAAUGCUAAUUUUUACGAAAGAAAUGUAUUUUGUAUCAUAGUUUACAAAAAAAAAAUGAGCUAAAUAUAUAAUUAAUGAAUUGAUGUAUCUUCUGAAAAUGUCGUCUGUGUAUUUGCUUUCUGUUUUGAGAAAAAGCUGGUUCGUAUUUUGAUCUAUGUAUUAAAGUGUAAAGUUACUCAUAACAUGGAGAAAUGGGCAAAAGUUUGCAUUGGAGUGCUCAGCAUUUGUAUCAUUGCUCAUCUUUUUAGUGUUUUUAUUCCAGCUCUUAAGUUUAUAUAUUAUUCAUUCUAUAUAUCUGGAAAGUUGCUUCUCUUCCUUAUUGCUGUAGUAAAUGGAUUAGUAUUAAGCUUAGAAGUUGAACCGUAUGUACGCAAAAGACUCAGACCGCAGCCUAACAAAGACAUUAUACAAAAAACACAGGAAAAGCUUGUGGAUCUUAAAGCAACUCCUGGAAAAGUAAAGGGUACUCCAUUAGUUUCUCGCAAUGUCGAUGAUGUUAUUGAUGAGCUUAUUUCACUUCUCUUGAGAGAUUACAUAUCAUCAUGGUAUGGAUAUGUUGUGAAACAUCCAAGUGUAUUUUGCAAGCAACUCAGGGAUCCCAUUCGACAAAUGUUAUUCACAUUCAGGAAUCAGUGUCGAAAAAUGGAUGAUGUCAAGUUAUUCACUAGUGAUUUUGUUAGUAUAGUUACUGAUCAUUUGCAGUGUAUAAAAGGUGCUAUUAUAAACCCAGCUGAAAAAAUUGUGCCGUAUAAAGUGUAUUCUUUUCUGUCUUACAAAGAAGCUGAAUUAGAUUACCUUAGAGAAAUUUCUGAGUUCUUAUUAAUUACUUUGCUUCCUCCUGAAUAUGGUAAAAAUCCAGCAUUAAGGUGUCUGUUGCGUGAAGUGUUUGCUGUUACAGUUUUUUAUCCUGUGAUAGAUAAGCUGUGUGAUCCAGAAAUCAUUAAUAAAAAACUCAUCUCAUACUUGAGACAGCAGCAAUUGGAAGCAGAGAAACAUAGUCGAACAUAUGCUUAUGCUGAAACAUAUGAGGAUUUUAUAAAAAUGAUUCAAGAAUGUAAUAAUAUUGAAGAUUUACAACGUAUGAGGUAUUACAUAGUGACUGAAAUAAUGCAAGCAACUACUAUGAGCAACUUGAAGCGAUCUAAAGGAAUGGAUGCAGAUAAGGAAUUUAAUCCCCAGAAAACAAGUAAGGGAGAUUUAUUGCAAUCUAGGAACUUGUCAAGGUAUUUAAACCAGUUGCGAUUUGCGAAAACACAGUGUGAAAAACGUCUUAAAGCUCUUGGUGGACCUGAUUAUCUGUCUUCUCCAAGGAUGGGAAAUGAUUCACCUUUUAAAGAAAAUGCAUACAUACCUGGUCAGAAAGUCUUAUCUAUGUCAGUUAUAAUGCAGUCCAGUUUCUGUAGACGUCACUUUUCUAAAUUUCUUCAGAAAGAAGAAGUUCAUUCUCUUUUAGGGUUUUGGGAAGCAGUUGAAGAUAUGAAACAUGCAGAUAAGGACAUGUGGCAUAAGUUAGGUAAUGACAUUGUUCAAAUGUAUAUACAUAACCAGUCGAGUGGUGUUCGUCUGAAUAAAAACACAUUGAAAGGGAUUGAAGAAUUCAUGAUGGCGAAUAAAGGACCAGAUGCAUUUUUUCAAGCUCAGGAAGAAAUUUACAAAAUAUUGGAAGAGCGAUAUUAUGCUUCAUUUAUUGUUAGUGAUGUAUACCACAAAAUGUUGUCAGAUGUUGAUAAACAAGGCAUAGAUUUUAUGCAAGAAUUAUUGGAUGAGGCUGAAGAGGAGGUUGAAAUACCUCGUGAAGAUGAGGAAGUUGAGAAAUUAUCAGAGACUUCAGAUAUAUCAGUAUUUGAUCAUUCAAGCUAUGCUCGAUCUCAGCUGAAAGUGCUGACUGAAAAAAUCAGCUAUAAAAAGCAAGCUCUCCAUGCUUUACGAAAUAACCCCAAAUGUGAUAAAAAGGUAAUCUCAAUGAUGGAAAAUGAAAUUGAUGAUUUAGUACAAGAACAAAAUAUGUUAAAAAAUCAUAUUGAGAAGACUGAAUUAUGGAUUGAAUAUCUAGGUGUCUGGCAAGCUACAAUUAUGGAAGCUAUGGAGAAAAAAGAGAAUGACAAACUUGUUCCAUAUUUCGUUAUUCAAGUUCAUUUAGCCAAUGAUGCUACUUAUGUUCCAAACAAAAUGGCUGGUUGGGUUGUGUCCAGGAGUUUGAGUUCUUUCCAUAGUUUGCAUCAAAAGCUUGUACCAGCUGCAUAUUGGUUGAAAAAGAUCGAGUUACCUACUAAACCUCGUUUUAAGAGUUUGGACAAGAACUAUCUAGAAAAAGCAAAGAAUUCUUUGCAAACAUUUUUGUCAGCUGUGACAAAAGAUGACGGCUUGAAUAAAAGUGAAGCAUUGUAUGAUUUUUUAAGUCCUAGUCCAGACUAUAUGAAACAUCCACCUUGUCCACCAAAAAAGCCUUUCAAGUUUAAUAUUCUGCAAUUUUUCAAAGGAGUCCAGAAUACUUUAAGUCAGUUGGAUGAUUCUGAUGAUGAAGAGUUACUUUUCCUUGAUGAUUCAGAUAGUAAAGAAGAUAAAAAGGACUCUAUUGCAGAACCACUAUAUGUAUUGAUUGGUGAAAUAUUUGAACUUAAAGGUGUAUUUAACUGGCUGAGAAGAACUUUAAUUAUAUUUGUUCAAAUUACGUAUGGACAAACAAUAAACAGGCAAUUGAGAGAAACAGUAUCUUGGAUUCUUUCUGAACCUAUGUUACUAUUUUAUUUGCAACUGUUUCGUGAUACGAUGUGGCCUCCAUCACCUGUGAAAGAAAAUGAAAAUGAGAAUAAAGUGGAGAAUAGGAUUCUGGCAAAACAAAUGUUUUUGAAUAAUACCCCAGAACUUCUUAAUAAUCUCAUUGGACAACAGAAUGCUAAAAAGGGAAUGUCUAAAAUAUUUGAUGCACUUCAAAAUAAAACUUUCAACAAACAACUGUUUUAUAAAAUUCUUGAAGCGUUUCUGUACGAAUAUGCUCCUGAAUUAAAGCGAAUAACAUCAUUAUACAGCAUUGAUGGGGCACGCAGUUAAAUAUAAACUUAUAUUUUAUUCAGAAGCUGUAUCAUAAUGUGAUAAAUUUCUUAGUUAUUAAACUUGUAAGUAGUUGUUAAUAGUUCUUUAAGCAUUAUUCAUAUGUUAUCUCAUUAAAAAAGAAAAAGGGAAAUAUGUUAUGAGUUGACUUUUACAUGGAAGUCUGAACUUCAUACCAGUUUUUAUAUAUAUAUAUAUAUAUAGCUUUACUUACAAUGUGUUAAUAAAUAUUAAGUUAUAAUUAUUUAUUAAAAAUUUAUUUGAAUUCUUUUAAUUAUACCAUUUUGGCCAAAAUUUAGGGUGAUCUGCAUUUCUAAAGAUGUUUCAUAAGAUUUUAAAAAAGGGAGGAAGACAUUUAAGAUAUUCUCCUGUGUAUGAGCUUGGUAUGUUCUAUGCAUUUUAAAAGAUAACUAAAUCGGUUAGAUACAAUAGUCUGAGGUAAAAUUAAGUAAAUGUUUUCCUGAAUAUUAAAUCUGAAGAAUAAUUUUUAAAACAUUAAACUGAUGUCAGACAAGUGUGGUUUCUCUGAAGGUCAUUUUAACUGAAAAAUAUAGUCUCAUAUUCAGAUCAGCUUGAUAUAUUCAGAAUGUUUAAUAAACAAACAAAAAAGAGUUUGUUAUAAAAGAUUCUUUGAAUGUGAGACUUUGCAUGUAAUAUGAGUAUGGUUUUCUGGGCAUUUUAUGAGAACAUAAUUGGACCAGUUUGUUAUUUACAAACUAUUACAUCAUUCCUAAUAGAUUCUAGAUGUUAUUUUGUGUCUAAAAUAUUUUGUAAUUUUUUUAAUGUAACCUUUAGGUGUAUUUUUCUUAUUAGCUUCUAUAUAAAUUUCUAUUAUAAUUCUUUUGGUUUCUGUCUUUGUGUUUCAUAUGAAUGAUAUUAAUAUUUAGUAUAAUUGCAUGUCUUGCUAUUUUCACAACAUAUUCAAUUAUAAAAAUUAUGAUUAUAGCUGUCAACUCUGAGGUUAUUGUGAUUUUUACAUUAUUUAUUUGUUUAAGAAAAAUUGUAUAUUUCAUUUUUGUUUUCAUGCUAUUGAUAUCAUGAAAGUUUUGUAAUGAUUGAUUUAUUAAUAGUAUUUAAUAAAAAUAUUUUUAUUGAAA